CUCUCUCUCAGCAUCCUUCUGUGAUCCUGUAGGUGAUACAGCUAUAGCAGCAUCCAUGGCCUGUCUUUUGCUUUAGCACACACUCAUUCUUCUUUUCUUUUUUAAAAAUUUCAAAAAUUUGUUCUGGAAGCUGUACCAAGCAUGAAUCUGAGAGACUGGUUUUAAGGGCUUCUUAAAUUAAGCAUCUGGUAACUGGAAUCGUGAUUUCUUGCAUUUUUUCAGGCUCCUUGGAAACUGAGGAAUGCAAUUCUGCCACCAUGAUGGAAGGGUUGAAAAAACGUACAAGGAAGGCCUUUGGAAUACGGAAGAAAGAGAAAGACACUGAUUCCACAGGAUCACCCGACAGGGAUGGAACUCCACCCAGCCCUCAUCCUCAUGAGCCACCUUCCAAUAACAAACCAGAGUGUGCACAGGAAGGAGGAAAAACUGUUUCGAAGAGAACAAAUGGUGCUCCAAAUGGGUUUUAUUCAGAGAUAGACUGGGAAAGAUAUAAUUCACCUGAGCUUGAUGAAGAAGGCUACAGCAUCAGACCAGAAGAACCUGGCUCUACCAAAGGAAAGCACUUUUAUUCCUCAAGUGAAUCUGAAGAAGAGGAGGAAGCACACAAGAAAUUCAACAUUAAGAUUAAACCCUUACAGUCUAAAGACAUUCUUAAGAAUGCAGCAACUGUGGAUGAACUGAAAGCUUCUAUAGGCAAUAUUGCACUUUCUCCAUCUCCAGUGGGUACAAUUAAAAGGAAUUUAUCCAGUGAAGAGAUAGCAAGACCCAGACGUUCAACACCAACACCAGAACUUCUAAGCAAAAAAGCCCCUGAAGACCCCGCAGUCUUAGCACCACUGUUUGGCCCACCACUCGAGUCUGCAUUUGAGGAACAGAAGUUGGAAGCUCUCAUAGAUCAACCCGAAGUAUGGGGUUCUGUGCAACCAGCAAAUCCAAGUGUAGAAUCUCCAAAUCCACCACAACCUUUUCCUGCUGGAACACCUCCACCACUUCCUCCUAAAAAUAUUCCAGCUACACCUCCUCGCACUGGUUCUCCUUUAACAGUUGGAGUAGGAAAUGACCAGACAGCAACAGAGGUCAAAGGUGACAAACUACCAUCAAUCAAUGACUUGGACAGCAUUUUUGGCCCAGUAUUAUCCCCCAAGUCUGUUGCUACUAACGUGGAUGAUAAGAAUAAAUGGAUCAGUUUUUCUGAUCCAUCCCCGGAAAACGUAACUCCAGAGGUGACUUCACAGGAAAAAGUGGUGUCCCCACCAGUGGCAUCAGAAACUCCAGAUGAGCCUCCAGAGGCCGAAACCUAUCGCAGUGUUCCAUCUCCACUCAAUUUAGAAGAGGUUCAGAAGAAAGUUUCUGAGCAGACCCACGUUAAAGAUGAUAACUUAGCAUCAGCAGCAUCUCCUAAAGAUUUUGGGGUGGGACAGAGAGCAACACCACCUCCCCCUCCACCACCUACCUACAGAACAGUGGUGUCAUCACCUGGACCCAGCUCUGGCGGUGGCACAGGAAGCACCAGUGGGUCAUCAUCUCCUGCUCGCCCUGCAACCCCACUGGCAGCUUGCAGCAGCACCACUCCCCCACCUCCUCCACCUCGACCCCCAUCUCGUCCAAAAUUGCCUCCAGGAAAGCCCGGAAUUGGUGAUGUGUCCAGGCCUUUUAGUCCACCGAUUCACUCUUCCAGUCCUCCUCCAAUAGCACCUUUAGCUCGUGCUGAAAGCACUUCUUCCAUUUCGUCUACCAACUCCUUGAGUGCAGCCACUACUCCCACAAUUGAGAAUGAACAGCCUUCCCUCGUCUGGUUUGACAGAGGAAAGUUUUAUUUGACUUUUGAAGGCUCUUCCAGAGGACCCAGCCCUUUAACAAUGGGUGCACAAGACACUCUGCCAGUAGCUGCAGCUUUCACGGAAACUGUUAAUGCAUACUUCAAAGGAGCAGACCCUAACAAAUGCAUCGUGAAGAUAACAGGAGAAAUGGUGCUAUCAUUUCCAGCAGGAAUUACGAGACAUUUUGCCAAUAAUCCUACUCCAGCUGCUCUAACGUUCCGUGUGACAAAUUACAACAGGUUAGAACACGUCUUGCCAAAUCCCCAACUUCUCUGCUGUGACAGUACGCAAGCUGAUGCCAACACAAAGGAGUUCUGGGUAAAUAUGCCAAAUCUGAUGACUCACUUAAAGAAAGUGUCUGAACAGAAACCUCAAGCAACAUAUUAUAAUGUGGAUAUGCUAAAAUAUCAGGUAUCAGCCCAGGGUAUUCAAUCUACUCCAUUAAACCUGGCGGUGAACUGGCGGUGUGAGCCUACAAGCACUGAUCUGCGUAUUGACUACAAAUAUAAUCUAGAGGCAAUGACUACACCAGUUGCUUUAAACAACGUGCAGUUCCUUGUUCCCAUAGAUGGAGGUGUUUCAAAACUUCAAGCUGUGCUUCCACCUGCUAUUUGGAAUGCUGAACAGCAAAGGAUAUUGUGGAGGAUUCCUGAUAUUUCACAAAAAUCUGAAAAUGGAGGUGUGGGUUCUUUGCUGGCAAGAUUUCAGUUAUCUGAGGGACCAAGCAAACCUUCCCCCCUGGUUGUGCAAUUCACCAGUGAAGGGAGCACACUAUCCAGCUGUGAUAUUGAACUUGUUGGAGCCGGGUAUCGAUUUUCACUUAUUAAAAAGAGAUUUGCAGCAGGAGACAUGUCAGAUACUGUGAGGGAUAAAGCAGCCCGCUUGUUGAAGAAAAGGGGCAGCAUCUCCUCUUUAGGAAGUCAUGAAAUCAAGGCAAAAGAAUUUUUUGGAAGAACCAAAGACUCCAUGAGUACAGUGUCUUACAUGGAUGAACCAGGCCACCAUGACGACAUUCUUCGUCCUCCUGUUCAAAUGGAGAACACAUACCAGUUAGGUCCUGCAAAAUGCUUCCCAGUGGCAACCGUGACUAACAUCUUGAAGGAUGUGGUAACAAGUUACCUUGAAGAAGAAAAAUAUGAAGCAGAGCUGUGCAGGCAAAUGACAAAGACCAUCUCAGAGGUAAUUAAGGCUCGAGUAAAAGAUCUUAUGAUUCCGAGAUACAAAAUUAUUGUGCUUAUAUAUAUCGGACAACUAGACAAGCAGAGCAUGCAGAUUGGAAGCAGGUUCCUCUGGGAUACUACAAGUGAUAGUUUUUCCUCCUAUGCCUUCAAAAAUAGAUCAUUAUUUGCAGUUGCAAAUGUUUAUGCAGUUUAUUUUGAAUAACAAAAGAAAUUUGUGAGCCCACACAAUUUAGAAAUCAUGCUUAAUAUGGGUUGCUAAACACUCAGUUAUAUUCUGUGGGCACUAUUGGUAGUAAUUAAUCUAUCAUGAAUUAACACCAUUGAUGUUGGUAAGUAGGCAGAUCCAAAGAGAGAACAAAACCUCAGGAUCAUAACUAUGUUGUAAUAUUUAUGCAUUUGAAGUUUUCUUAAUCAUGUUUCUGUUCCUGAAUAAUUAUUGAAGUAUAUAACCAAUUUACUUUUGUUUAUAAAUGCUUGUAGAUCAGUUCAA